CGCCUGCCAUCUUACCGGGGCAGCCCCACCGGAGGGAGAGCGGGUCCAGCCCCGUCUGCGACGGCGAGUCCUUGCGCGGGCCGCGGGCAUUGCCCGGCGUUGGCACGGCCCUGCCGCGGCGGAAUUUCAGGUUGACUAUCAAGAAAUGAACGUUAGGAUGUCAUGUGUUGGACUGCGAAAUCUUCUCCAAGGGCUGAGCUUCAGUGUCAAAUACUACUCUAAGCAUAACCAUCUUCAAACAAUAUGUCUUUAUAGUAAAACACAACAAAAAAAAUGCCACAUCCUGGACUGUUCAGGAAGCACAUGCACACAUAAGACUCUGCCAACUGGAAGCAUCCUGCCAUGGAGAUUAUUUUCCUGCAAGCAGGAAGGAACAAAAAUCCCUUCCAAAAGGAAGCAAAAUACAUCCAUAAUAACAUCAGAGCUUUUGUACAAGAAUCUUCUAAAAUCAGAGCAGGAAAACUGGAAUGACAUUUCAGCAAGAUACAAAGCCAUGACAGAAAGAAUCAAGGAAAAAUUAGAAGAAUUGCACAACAAGUAUACAUUCAAUUCAGUAAGCCCAAGGAUCAGGUUUGGAGAGAAUGUGUACUUUGAAGAGAAUGGCUGCAUAUUUCUUUCAAAAGCAGAUGAUGUAGAUGAAGGAAAUGUUGACGUUUUAUUCAGUACCAAAGAUCUUGGCUUUUCUGAUGCCUUUAUUCAACGGAUCAGAAUUUCACCAGAUCAGAGAUACAUGGCCAUCAGCUUAAAAAGUGAAAAUUCUGAAGAGGCAACCUGCGUUAUUAUGAAACUUGAUCAUUCUCCUGUCAUAGAAAAAGUAAUUCCAAGUGUAUUCAGUUUUGAAUGGGCUACAAAUGAUGUUCUGUAUUACACAAGUCAGAAGAACCUUAAAUGCCAGAAUGUGUUUAUGACAACUUUCACUGAUCAGAAACAUACUAAGUUAGUUUAUACAGAACAAGAUGCAAGAUUCUUUGUGGACAUAUAUUGCACAAAAGAUAGACGUUUUCUCACUAUCAACAGCAACAGCAAGACAACGUCGGAAGUUUGGCUGAUUGACUGUAGACAUCCUUUUAAGUUACCUGCUCUUGUACAAGCACGAACAAAAGGAGUCAUUUACCAUAUUGAGCACAGAAAUGAUGAGUUAUAUAUCCUUACUACAUACGGAGAACUUGCAGAAUAUAAGCUGAUGAAGGCACCAGUGGCUUCCAGUGGCAUGGAGAACUGGCAGUUAGUUUAUGCACUGGAAAAGAAAACCAAGCUAGUAGACUUGGAGAUGUUUAGUGAUCACUGUGUUAUGUUCCUGAAGAAUGCUGGUCAUCUUUACUUAAAUGUGAUUUCUUUUGUUUCACAUUUAGUUCAGUCAAUAGAGCUACCUACGUGGGCCUGUGAAUUUGAAUUGGAAUCUCACCCUGAACAUACCACCAGCACUUGCUAUUUUCAGCUCACCUCCCCAGUACACCCCCCUAAGUGUUUUGCAUAUUCAUUUAAAGAAAAUAAUCUCAUUGAACAAGCUGUGCAAGAGGUACCAAUUAUUACGAAUUGUCACACUACACGUUUACUAGCUAAAAGCAAGGAUGAAACUUUGGUGCCAAUUACAGUUUUUCAUAGCAUGAAUUCUAAAGAGCUACACAGGAAACCACUUCUAGUUCAUGUAUAUGGAGCUUAUGGCAUAGAUUUGAACAUGAGCUUUAAAGAAGAGAAGCUGAUGUUAAUUGAAGAGGGUUGGAUAUUAGCAUAUUGCCAUGUUCGGGGUGGAGGAGAGCUAGGUCUUAGCUGGCACAAAGAUGGAUGUCAGUAUAAUAAACUCAAAGGCCUCCAUGACCUUAAGGCUUGCAUCAUGCUGCUGCAUCAGCUAGGAUUUUCUCAGCCAAAAUACACAGCACUAGCAGCUGCCAGUGCGGGAGGAGUUCUUGCAGGAGCGCUGUGCAACACUGAUCCAGAACUUAUCAGAGCCAUGGUUUUACAGGCUCCUUUUGUAGAUGUUCUAAAUACAAUGAUGAAAACUCAUCUCCCACUGACAAUUGAAGAACAGGAAGAAUGGGGAAAUCCAUUAGCAGAUGAAAAAUGUAUGAAGUAUAUCAAAAGCUAUUGUCCAUACCAGAAUAUUAAGCCACAGUGUUAUCCUUCAGUUUUUAUCACGGCAUAUGAAAACGAUCAACGGAUACCACUAACAGGAGUUUUACGAUAUGUUCAGAAACUUAGGAAGGCUGCACUGGAUCAUGCCAGCAGAAUAAGAAAGAAAGUGAUCACUAGCUUCAUCGUUCCAGGAAAUUGGAUCCCUAGUAUCAUCUUAGACAUCCAGGCAAAUGGCAGUCAUUGUGAUUCAUCUUGGGAGGAUUCACUGAAUGAGGUUGCAAGACACCUUGCUUUUCUGAACAAAGAACUUGAGGAAGUAUGCCAUCUCCAACAUCAUAUGAAAUCUGGCAAAUAGCUAAUAAACACAUUGACCAUCUGAAGAACUUCAACAUCCUUACAGUACCGUUUAUUCGGGAGAAAGCCACAGCCAUUCAAGGCUUGAUACUGAAUUUUUUUCAUUGAGUCUAAUCUACUAAAGUCACAGGGUUUGUUUCAUGUUUUAUAUUUUUUCUGUCUUAUUUUUUUCUGUCUUCAAUUCUGGUCAGCACUGUAGAUCAGCAAAAUCUGUUUGAAUCACUGCUCUACUUACAUUAGAGAUGGUCUAUGUUAAGUUCUUGUAACAAGACCAGUGCUUUCUAUAGUCAUAGAAAUGAAAAGAAAAAAAAAAAAGGACCAGAUUUCAAUUUCAUAUUAAAAUGAUUAAAAGGAUGUUAAAGAGCCAAAUUGCCACAUUUGCAUCAUAAUUGCAGUUGCUCUGCUUAAAUUAAUAUAGAUGAAGUAGGCUCCUUGCUGGUGCAAAGAUUUCCUGUUCUGAGAAUUGUGAGGAUUCAGUGCUUUUUUUUCCCUUGAGUUUGUUCUUACUGCCAAUUCCCACUAAGUAAAAGAAGUCAGAGAAAAAUAGAUACAUUACAAUAUUUUUAGACUAUUAGUUUGUCACACAUAGGUACCUACUUCAACAUUUACACUUUGGUAGUCAGAGUUAACAGGUAACCAGCUACUGUUGCCUUCAGUAAAACCAGCAUUAACUUUGCCAUUCCACUGCAUGGGGGAUUUCUCUGGAAAGGUAACCUAGAAAAUAAAGUGG